CAGUGAGCUGCCAGCUGAGCGCGGGGAAGGAGGUGGCUUGCCAUGCCCCGCUAAUUACCCCUCUACGCUAACAACCCCCAAACCCCGUAACAAUGUGGGUCAAACCAGAGGAAGUCCUCGUGGCCGGCGGGUUCUGGGACACAGAGGUGGCCAACACAUAUUUCCUCCUUCAACAACGAAAGGGCUCGGGGAACGCAGCAUCGAGAGGUUUUGCUGGAUUGCUUGUGGGAACACUCGACUCGGUGUUCGAUACUAAGCCACCACCAUAUCGAAUUUUGCAUCAGACAUCGUCUUCAGAAAUAUACUAUAUUAUAGCUGUGUCUUUGAAGAAGGAUGAAAUCGACGAGAACUGGGUUUGGUUGGAACGUAAUCUCAUGAGCAUCUUGGCCACAUUUGACAAGGACGAAGAUGUAACCGAUUUUGUUCGGUGCAAAAUCGAGUCUCUUGUUGCAAACUCAAUUGUGUUGGACCCGCACAAUACCCCUGAUCCAGAUUCUGAUACCUUUAAAGCAAUUUCUUUCAAGUUUAAGAAAUUGUUUAAUAUGCCUGAAGGCGAGAAGCUUGUUAAUUACUAUUCGUGCAGUUACUGGCACAACCGUCUACCGAGACAAGGCUGGCUGUACCUGAGUGUCAACUACCUCUGCUUCUAUUCCUUCCUCCUGGGUAAAGAGACUCGCGUCAUCGUCCGUUGGCGGGACGUAACAUUGCUCGACUGUACGAAUGCACUCAUCUUUCCCGACAGUAUAAGAGUGUCCACUAGAGAUCACGAGCAUUAUUUCUCAAUGUUGCUAAGGAAGAAGGAAACGUACGAACUGAUGGAGCAACUUGCCAAUAUGGCUAUGAAACAGCUGAUAAAUGAUGAGGAAUUCUCGGAAGAUAAAGACUUGCUUACAAAAGUCAGUAAGAAGGUGCCAAAGAAACCAUCAUUUUUGAAGCGUGACUUAGAUGCCAGAGCCCACUCGGAUAUGUUCCGCAGCAAAUUCAGAUUACCGCUGAGAGAGAAACUAGACGGAUCAACAAGCUGCUCUCUGUGGGCGCCGUACAAGAAGGCCUACAUCAGCGGCACACUCUACAUCUCUCUCAACUACAUCUGUUUUGAUAGCAAGAUUGCCAACCUGGUUAGUGUAGUGUGUCCACUGCGAGUUGUUCAGAGUGUGGAGCGUGUGGACAGCGUCAAGGGCAACGUCAUGGUGAAGCACGCUCUCUUCAUUUGUACCACGCAGAUGAAUGCUUGCAACACCUUCCUCUUCAUUGAUGUUGGGGAUCGAGACUUCGUCAUCAGUAAACUUUCAGAGAUGCUGGGGAAGAGUAUACCCACGAAGAAUGCCUUGCCUGACAACAUGGUCGUGGGAGGCGUCAGGAGGGACAGCCGCUCUAACUCCGUCUCUGAAGAUAAAAGUGAAGACAUUAGCCUCAGUAGCUUAAGUCUUGGGAGCACAUCUGACAACAAUGGUUCGGGUUUGCCAGAAACACCCGAGACCGAGACAACAACAGUGCCCUUGAGAGCCCUCUAUGCUGGACUUGAGGAUGAUGUGGAAGAAGGAGAAUGCGAACAGAGGAAAGAGAUCCUUUGGGAGCGUCACUGGAACGAAUAUGGACGUGGUGUGACCAUGUAUCGUACGGUGGAGACUCUUCGCUUGGUGCUGGAAGGGCUGCCAGACACUGUCAGGCGAGAAGUGUGGUUAAUAUUUUCUGGUGCUAUUAAUGAGCAAGCAACUAAUCCGGGUUAUUACGAACAAGCAGUAAUUGCGGGAUUAAAGCGUGGGGGUCCUGCUAAUGAUGAGAUCGAGAGGGACCUACAUCGGUCCCUCCCAGAACAUCCUGCAUUUCAGAGCGAGACGGGAAUAUCGGCUCUAAGGCGGGUGCUCUGUGCCUACGCGUGUAGGAACCCUGCCAUCGGUUACUGUCAAGCCAUGAACAUUGUGGCAUCAGUCCUCCUUGUGUACUGCAAUGAAGAGGAGUCGUUCUGGCUCCUGGCUGCUCUGAGCGAACGUCUCCUCCCCGAUUAUUAUAACACUCGGGUUGUCGGGGCCUUGGUUGACCAAGGCGUACUAGAAGACCUCAUUCAAGACCACAUGCCGGGCCUCCACACCAAGCUUUCAGACCUCGGCAUCAUUUCUCUCAUCUCGUUGUCCUGGUUUCUUACCCUGUUUCUCAGUGUAAUGCCAUUUGAAGCGGCUGUGCAUGUGGUAGACUGCUUUUUCUACGACGGUGCUCGUGUAGUGUUCAUGGUUGCACUAGCCAUACUCGACGUCAACAAAGUGGCACUGGAAAAUUGUGAUGAUGAGGGAGAAGCCAUGAUGGUUCUGGCCGACUAUCUAGGAUCAAUCAACACUCCCAAGAGUCGAUAUGGAAAACGUAAAUCAAGCGUCUGCGAAGACAAGCAGUCGGGAUCACCUGAGGAAAGGGUUAUGGUGAACAUUGUUGACAUUAUAGAAGCAGCAUACCGAGGUUUCGGUUUCAUCACAAAUGUUGCCAUCGAGCGACUACGAGUCAAGCAUCGCCUACGAGUUGUUCAAACACUAGAAGACACCGUUAUGAGGAACACCUUACGUACCGUUGGUCCCGACUGUAUUUUAUCCGAGGAGGACCUGAAAGAACUUGUCAUCUAUGUUCGUGGGGAGCAGAUUUUAGGAGGAGAGGACAAGGAAGUUCGCCAGCGUAACAAUUCUGCAAACCCUCUUACCCAGGAGGGCUAUGCCCUUGGAUAUGAAACUUUCCGUCAGCUGUUUUUGAGUGUUUCGCCAUGGGGUCAGGGUGAUCGUGCCGAGUCCAUUGUGACAAGUAUUUUUAAUAUGUUGGAUGUUGAUGGAACACACGUUCUAAGUUUUCGCUCUGUAGCGUGGCUGUUCGGGGUUCUAUGUAGUGGAGACUUUGCACGUAAGCUGCGGUUGUUCUACUACUUGCAUUUGGCAUUUCCUCCAAACUUGGAGGAAGUGGAUAGGGCAACUAGAAAGGAGGAGAAUGCAGCUGAGGUGGAGGAGGAAGCGGCGGUAGAGGCAGAGGAGUAUUUUGACUAUUUAGAAGAGGACUAUGGGAAAGGCAAAGUGGAUCUUGAUAUGCCAGAUGACCAAGACUCUCGGACCCCUGGCACCUCUCCUAGAAAAGAAUACUGUGAUAAUCUCACUGGGUUAGCAACCAUUCAUAACCGUGACUACCGAUUAUACGAACAACGAUUUUUGCCAACCAUGUCCCAGGAGCAGUUUAUCAAUAUGUGGCGCACAGUCUACAGCUUCUUUGCUAUGGAAACCAACCAAGAUAUAUUUACAUCACUCUCUAGAGUUGGAACGUUGCUGCUGCAGAUUGGAGAGAUGGGACGACGAGUCAAAGGAAUGGUGUCCAAGUCCAGC